GCAGUGCCUAGCGAUUUUGCCCAACCCCUCUCUCCUCCUCCUGCCCCCGCCCUUCUCACUCAGCUCCUGGGGUGAAGGGGACCGAGAGGAAGCUGAGCAGAUUCAGCAGGAGCCUUGGUGAGAGAGAGAGAGAGAGAGAGAGCAGGAGGUGUUGCACUACCUCCCAAUCACAGCAACCACCCGUGAUUCAGACCUAUCGCCACAUCUGGAGAAUCAUGGCAGACACGGAGUUAGUGCAGUUUGCUGCCUUACUUGAUGACCUCUCAUCCAACAUCACGCCAGAGGACCUGAACCAACUGAAGCUGGCCUGCAAAGAGGACAUUCCAAGUAAUAGGAGCCAGGAGCUGACUGGAUGCAAGGAGUGGUUCAACUUCUUGGAAAAACACAACAAGCUCUCCAAAGAUAACCUGUCGUACAUUGAGCAUGUGUUUGAGCUUUCCCGUAGACCAGACCUGCUCACCAUGGUGCUGGAAUAUAGAACAAAGGUACUGAAGGUCAGCGAGGAACAGGAGAGCGAUUCCAAAUUCACUCGCAUUCCAAGUGCUGUCAAAUACAGAGAUCACAUCAAAUAUCAGUGCUCCAUAUGUGGGUCUGACCGAGGGAUACAGAGACGGGAACCGCGCUCCGAGUGUGGGUCUGGUCGAGGGACACGGAGACGGGAACCGCGCUCCGAGUGCGGGUCUGUCCGAGGGACACGGAGACGGGAACCGCGCUCCGAGUGCGGGUCUGACCGAGGGACACGGAGACGGGAACCGCGCUCCGAGUGCGG